AUGACCUACAAGCUGUGCGCGGGAGCAAAAAACGGGAUAGGCACUCAGAACAAUGCAUGCGACGAAGCCUCCACGAGGUAUUGCGAAGGUCUUUUCAUCGAACAUGCUCAGACAACAAUGACAAGCGAAAUUGCACUGCUCGUCGAGCUACAGGUUCUACUUAGCAUAGCAGAAGCUUCCACAACCGGCUACCAAACAUUUAGUGCCCUGAGCCUUUUCCUCCCUGUGGCCGGGGGAGGCAGACUACAAGACGAUAACUCCAGCACACGUUUCGAGGAGGCGGAUGCCUUGCGAAGCGAGGUCGCGGCGCUGAGGGACGAACUCACCGCGCUGCAGGGGAGAGCCAGCCUCGGAGCGCAAAGACACUCACAACAGGGGGUGCGUUCCCCCAACGGCCCUGGCGACCUGCGCCGGAAAAGUGCCGAAACCAAGUCGGGGCGCCCUUCGUUUCUCGGGAGCCCGGCGUAUGCUUCGCCUGCCCGAAGAACGAGCAAGGCUGAGAGCGGAGGUGCUGGGCUCUUCAAGGCCGCCCAGCCACUCUUACAGCAGAGUGCCGAUCCCACCAGACGUCAGUGCGCACUUCGGGCGGUGCAGGAGGAGCUCAAGUCGGGGGCUUCUGCAAACACGUGGGACGGCCCUGACACUCCGUUGCGGGCGGCAGUGCAGGCGAGAUCGACAGAACUCGUCUCGCUGCUGCUCCGGGCACGCGCAGAUCCUGAAGAGGAAGACCCCAAGGGUGUUCGCCUCUUACACCUGGCAGCUUUCAAGGGCCAGGACGAGAUCUGCAGACUGUUGCUGGCAUCUCGUGCUAGCCCAAAUGCUGCGGAUUGCCAUGGGCAGACCCCCUUGUUCUUCGCGCCUACGCGUCCAAUCUGUGCCACACUUCAGAGGAGCCAUGCAAACGUGAACGUGAUCAAUCGCCAAGGCCAGUCUGCCCUACAUCUGGCGGCCAAAGCGGGCCUCGGCGACGUCCUUGCGUGGAUGGCGUGCAAUGUGACUCAUGCUCUCCUGAGCUUGAGGGACGCCGAGGGCCACCUUGCCGGGGACUACGCGCGCCAAGCAGGGAUCAAGCCCGAAGUCUUGGAGAAGCUGAGCCUUCCCGCCAAAGCCUCCGGCUCGCUGCGCUCAGGCACUUUCCAGCCCACGUACGCCGGACUGCAACUACCGGCGUCCAAAGUGGCCAAAAGCGCCACGGGUGUGCUGGGCCCUGACCCAGAGGCCACGCCAGUGCUGAGCGAGGAUGCAUCAGGUGCCGAGCCGAGUGUGCCAGCUGCCUGGGAAGUUGCGGCCAGCGAAGACGUCCCCGCUGCGGCCACGGAGACGGUCGAGGCGCCAGAGCCGCUGGAGGAAGCGCUUGCGCCUGCUUCGUUGGACCCAGGUGUGGUGGAAAGCUUUGGGGAGAUGCCAGCCGCGCAGCCCGCGGAGCCGCCCGAGGAGCGAUCGCAAUUCUUGGAGGAAUUGGAAGAAGCCUUCUGA